UAUGUAUGGAUCGGUUGUGACUCUGCCAAAUUGGGACGCAUUUAUGCAGCUGCACCUACACGACCUAAGGAUAUGAUUAGUGUUACUUCCAUACUUGGAGGAGCUUCUGAUAAUACAGGAUCUGGCAUUGCUCGACGAUUAGUGCUGAAGACUGGUCUCAAUAUAAUUUUGGCUUGCAACAUUCCUAAGAAUAGUCCCAUGCUUGAGGCAGAGGCUGAGAAGAUGUUGGUACAAAAGCUAAUACAGCUGGGUUACACGAGAGCAAAAGCAGAAGGAUCAUCCUCAUAGCAGGGUGCCUGGCAAACCUUGCUAUAAAAUGAAACAUGCAUUGGAUACAGUAGUCCAGUUGGCCCUGUUAGGCACGCUAUUCCAAAAGGCAGGAGUAAUAGGGUCCAACCGAAGAGGGUGUUAUUUCUUUCAAUUUUUUAUCUUUUGAUUCUUCUUUAUUACAUUAAAUGCAGUGUAAAAUUUAUAGGAGCUAGAUGUUCUGUGGGGGCAUUGAUGCAAUCCCUUGCCAACGACAACAAAAAGAAUGUCAUUGACUAUUCAAGUUCAAUAUAAUCUCUAUCAUGGCAGGGAAGGAUGAUUUAGGGAACUUGUUGAACAGCCAAUCCUUGAAGCAUCUCGAUCCUUCUAGGUGCGUUUAUUUCUGCAGCUU